AUGGUCCUUAUCGUGUGCACUUUUCUUGAAGAUUGUGGUUUGAUUAAGAAUGGUAAGAUAUCGAAUCUGAACGAUGUAUACAACAAUUUGAAGUACCCCGUUGACAUAUUCAAGUUACGGUGUGCAAAUUAUGAUAUUUCCUUCCGUUCUAGAAGGUGUACAUUUGCAUUAUUAAAGAACAUAUUGGUUGUUGCUAUGACAAACACGUUUGUAAUCACUCGCAUUUUCAAUAAAUCGUUAGACCAUGCAAAGUUCUUACGAACUUUGGGAAAGGCUUUGUGCGAAAAGUGGAUCACUGAGUCCUUCCCUGUGAUGAACAAGAAAGAGUAG